AUGAACAAGAUCUUUUCAAGCCCAAUUUGCUUUGGAUUCCUUUCUUUCGUAUCUGUAAUGAUCCUUUUAGAAUUGGUGCAUGGAAGACCAUAUCUAAUCCAAGGAAAGGACUUGUUUCCAGAUAAAGAAGAUACAAACAAUGAAGAACUCUUGUUGGCUCUGCUGAAUAAACAUUUUGAUUUCCAAAGAGCUUCCAACAUUGAUAUAGAAUUGGCUAACAAAUUGGAAGAACUUAACCAGCUGGAAAAGCUAAAAGAACAGCUGAUGGAGGCAAAGCGUGCUAAGAUGUCCUAUGCUAUGGAUGAUUUAUCCUCUUUACAUCCUAACAAGCGAGCUUGCUUUUGGAAAUACUGUGUCUGAAGCUUUUUCUCUGGCCAUAAAUACUAUGGGAACAUUAGAAAAGGAUACACAUCUAUUCACUCUACUGCUUGAGUACUAUAGCUGUCAAAGCAUAAAGAAAUUGU